UUGUACCAGUACUCGUUCUUUCUGAUCAGCCUGCUGGCGGAUCCGUGAUUGGGGUUUGCCGUCACCAUUUCAGUGGUUGCUUUGCUUAGCCUUAUUUGGUAUUGUGGCCUUUAAGUUCUACGCUGAGAAAUUAUGAAAAAGCAUUAUGAGCAAAGAUUUUACAUUUUAUUCUUAAAGCUAUUAAUUCUUCUAAACAUGGCGUUGGGAUGCAAUCAACCUGAAAUAGAUGGCGACAAACCCCACUCAUUGGACCCCCAAUAUAGAGGUCAUGAGCUAGUAGAAACCUACUUGAAAGAUGUUAAAGAUGGAAAUAAAGUAAAUUUAGCGGAAAAGGCUGGGACAAGGAUUAGCUACAGAGGAAAUUUGAUGAAAGCCUCACAUCUUGAUUGGGUAAUUUAUUCAAAAGCUAACAAGGGUGAAGAGUUUGUGAGAAACAAGACAUCUAUCUUACUUCUAAACUGGCUGAAAAAACAAAAUGAUUAUAGAAAACUCAUAGCAAUCAAAGACUUUGACCUGAAAGUUAAUUUUGAUAAACCAAUUUUCUGCACCAAGACUGAUAUGAACAAUCAGCUUCUAACAAUCUACAGUUUAGUUUUUAUUUUCCUAUUUCUUCUGAAAUCUGCACCUUCUAAAAAUGAAAUACAGCUGAAAAAUGAGAAAGAAGACAAAAUGACUACUUUGUUUCCAUUCACAUACUGUUUUCAAAAACAGAUUUCCACUUUUGCUCCAAAUGCUCUUCACACUGAAAUCACAGUUUUUCCUGUAUUUAGCAUGUACCGUAUUGCGACCUUCAGAAAGUUGGCACACGCAACAAAUCCAACUUACAGCACACUACAUUUGGCAAGUUCAGGGUUCUACUACCCUGGUAGUGGGGACAUAGUUAAAUGUGAACAAUGUGAAAGUUCUGUACAACUCACAGAUUUCAACACAGACCCAAGCAGCUCUAUCUAUCACAAAAUAGGAUGUAGUUUUAUCAAGAUAAAUCAACCACAGGCUCAUGGCCUCCCAAAUGACCAGGAGAGCAUUCCUGAUACAGGAAAUUAUACUACAGUGAAUCACAUGAUACAGCAGGAAUCCCACACAACCACACUAGAGUCUGGAGGUGCUGGGAACAUAGAUCAGACAGAUUCUAGUCAGAUUUCUGAUGUUUUUUCUGGCUAUUCUUCUGAUUAUCCAGAUAAUAUUUUUGAUGUUGAUCAGUUUGAAUGUGAAUGUGAAGAUGAUGAUGGUAAAGAUUGCAUGAAAAAUCCUGGCCAUCAACAGUUUUAUGAUCUAGAUCAACUGACUCUUCAAAACAUACCUGCUAACUUCAGAAAUGAAAACCUGCUUAAACUCUUAAAAUUGUUAGGAGAACUGACUGUCAAAGUGGCUAUCUUUAAUAGAUCUAGUACUAGCUGCAAGACAAAGAAAUAUGGGACAGGGUUUGUGAGUCAAGUGAUUGAAGAUGGGAUACAUGGUAUCCAGAUUUUUAUUCUAACUAACAGACACUUGGUUAAUAGCCAAGGAAAAAGUAUAACAGUAGAAUUUUCUUUCAUUAAUUCCAAUAUAAUUAACUCUCAAAUAAUACAAGCAGAGAGUGUUCUUCAUAGCAAAGUAGCAGGCAACUUUAAAUCUAUACUCGUUUGCCGCUCUAGCAAUUUAAAUUUAGCAAUUUAUUUAAACAAAAUUAAACUAGAGUUGUCUGAAGAAAUGGGAAGAUUGCCUGCAAGGCUGAAAGAUUUACUGACUAGAAAAGUUUUCAUCAUCAGUCAUCCACAUGGUAAGGGAAAGUUGUUAUCCUAUGGAGAUGCUGGUUACAAGACAUACAUCAUAAAAAAACUCACUGAUGGAGGGAAUGUAAGGCACCAGCUAUUGGAAGCUCAGUCUUUUUAUCGAGUAACUGAUGGGGAGAAGCGCAAUGCUAUCAUAUACACUGCUGACACCUGUCGAGGCUCAUCCGGUGCACCUGUCAUUACAUUCCACAACACUGAAGGUCCCUCAGCUGCAGGACUGACCAUCUGGAUACACAACGGCGUGGACAAAAGUUCUGGAUUGGGUGUCUCCACCUUACAAGAGGUGAGCACACAAAAUGACAGGCCUAAACAACAUGGAGGAUCUUUAACUGAGAGGGAUCAGGAGCCAUUAGGACAUCUGGUGCCACUAGGUGUUGCCAGGCAACCUGCAGCAGUAAAUACUUCAGUAGCCUUGGGUAUUUCAUCUUAUCCUGUCUACGCUGCAUUUCAAAAACGUUUUGAAAGUUUCGCCAACUGGCUAUUUGGUCACAUCCUGAGUGUAAAUGAUCUGGUUGCUGCAGGAUUUUUUUAUGCUGGAUAUGAUGAUUGUGUGCGAUGCUUCCAAUGUGGAGUUGGUUUGAAGUCAUGGAAAGAGGGAGAUAACAUUAUUGAACAGCAUCAUAAGCACAAACCAUCAUGUCCACUGCUCCAGUUACAGAUGAGAAAUGCUUUAACAGAAUCUAGCAGAAAUAUAGGUCAACCAGUAGUUAGAGAAAAUCUGCCAUCUUCAACGUUACAUGGGCUUCAAACUGGGGACACAGAAGGAAACACUUUUUUACCUCUAGAGUGUUAUGGCCCUGCUGCUGAGCCACUGAGAAUGAACGGCUCUUCCAAUGAGCUGCUGAGAAUAAAUGUCUCUUCCAAUGAGCCACUAAGAAUGAAUGGGUCAAGCACUGAGCCUUUUUCAGAGCCAGAGACUAGUCAGAAAGUUCUAGAGCAAGUAGUUAGUCAAAGCCUGGCAGCUUUUUCACUACAGGAAAAUUUAGCUGACACUCACAGUGAAGGCAACAGAUGUGCAAAUAAUAAUUUGACAAGUGAAACUACGCAGGAAAAAUCUAAAUAUCUACCAGAUGGAUCAACUGAAGCAACAGAGAGCGCAGCAGGAAUGGCAGGAUGUAUGCCUAGUAUAGUGAGUGCAACUAAGUCACUGAAAGAUGUUAAAGUUUCUGUACUGGGCCAUGAAAACCGAGUCCUACAAAAACGAUUCCAGUGUUGUGUCUGCCAUGUUAAAGCUGUAAAAGAACUUCUGUUGCCAUGUGGUGAUCUGUGUGUAUGUACAGAUUGUUCUAAAAAUUUGAAUGUAUGUCCUGUAUGUCAGGGUCAAAUCCUAGCAACAGUAACAACAUACUUUACAUAGUUGUUUUUAAAUUUAAAUUAAUUUUUAGAAAGUUAAUAUUUUUAUUGGUGCAAAAUAAAUUAUAAAUUUGUCGUUAUUAAUUGUGUAAAGCAUUACUAAUUUAAUUCAUGUGACAUAGGUUUGCUAUUUGUAUGUGUCUUUUACUCUUUUCAAAUAAAUAUACCCUUUUAUAAUUCUCUUGGGAAGGAACAUAGAUAUAAGCUAUUCAUCUGAAAGGACUGAGUUAAAACAUUUUAUGCAUAAGUUCCAUUCUCUCCCAACUCAUACACAAACCAAGAUAAAAUUUGUUACCAUAAAAGUUAAGUUAUAACUACUGUUCACUAUAGUAUUAUUGAAGUUUUAUAAAUCUUAAAUUAGUCACGAAUCAUAAUGUGACCAUAAAUGUAGGUGUUACACAAAUAAGUAAUUUCUCAUAAAAACACAUUUUAGUUACCCAUCUAAAUUUAUAAUACUGUAUUUUUGUAAAAAAAUGUAUUAUUUUUGUGUCUAGAAAUUUAAAUAUAGUAAAGAAUCACAUCAUUUAAGAGGAAAUUUAUAGUCGAAUUGUGCAUUAAAAUUAAGAUUGUGUAUGAAAGUUAUGCUAAUUUUUUCUUCCAACCAUUCCAAUAGAAGAAAAAUUAGAACAAAUUCAUUAAAAUAUUAAAAUGAUAUUGUUAAUUCUUUUCUUUAA